GAGGGAGGGAGGAGGAAGAGAAGCCAUGGAGCAGUCCAGUAGGCCAUUUUCCAAGUUUUCAACUCGGCAUCCUUCUCCCUCCAUCUCUGUGCUUCAUUCUCAUCUACAAAACCUGAAACCCUAAUCUGCUUAUCGUUUCUUUCCUUUUUCGUUUUCAUACUUGUCUAUUUUUCUUCUUCAGCUUGAAAAUUUUCGGAGACACAGAAUUUGUAUCGAUAGAUACAGUUGCGAGCAUUCAUGCGAACAUCAUACCUCCUUCUUCGGCAUCGUUUUAGCCGCUCACAGCAACACACUUUUCAAUCCAUCCCCAUCGUCAAAUGUUCACUUCGUUCCGCUAAUUUCUCACAGCUUUUAUUAUUUCACACCUCUCAACAUCAACUACCACAAACAAGUGAUAGCAGUAUCGCCCAAGCCCCAUCUGGUUCCUCUUUACUGUUACGAGGCAAUUUUCCGACGGCGGCAACUUCAAGACGAUUCGCUUUGCUUGGCUUUCUUGGGUUGGAUGGCCAUCGUCACUUAAAUCCUCCCCAUUAUCCUCAGUAUUCGUUGCAUCGGAGUUUUUUUACAAGGGCAAAACAAUUUAAGAAGAUUGAUUUCAAUGAUCGCCACAGUCAGCGGGCUGUAACAACUGCAUUGUGGUGUAACUUUCUUGUCUUUUCUCUCAAGUUUGGAGUUUGGUUAGCUUCCUCUAGCCAUGUUAUGUUUGCUGAAGUUGUGCACUCAAUUGCAGAUUUUGCAAACCAGGCACUGCUUGCUUAUGGUCUUAGUAGUUCAAGGCGUGCACCUGAUGCUAUUCAUCCUUACGGCUAUUCCAAGGAAAGAUUUGUUUGGUCUUUAAUAUCUGCUGUUGGAAUAUUUUGCCUUGGUUCUGGUGCUACUGUUGUUCAUGGGAUUCAAAACUUGUGGAUCGCUCAGCCCCCUGAGAACAUGCAGCUUGCAGCUUUGGUGAUAGGUGGUUCAUUUCUCAUUGAAGGCGCCUCUCUUAUUGUUGCCAUAAAAGCUGUCAAGGAAGGUGCAGCUGCAGAAGGGAUGAAAGUGAGAGACUAUGUUUGGCGUGGUCAUGAUCCUACUUCUGUUGCUGUAAUGACGGAGGAUGGUGCUGCAGUAACCGGCCUUGCCAUUGCUGGGGCAUCAUUGGUUGCAGUGAAUACUACUGGAAAUGCCAUUUAUGAUCCUAUAGGAUCAAUCAUAGUUGGCAACCUACUGGGAUUGGUGGCCAUAUUUCUUAUCCAAAGAAAUCGCCAUGCUUUGAUAGGUAGAGCGAUGGAUGACCAUGAUAUGCAGAAAGUGCUUCAUUUUUUGAAAAAUGACCCGGUUGUAGAUGCCAUCUAUGAUUGCAAAAGUGAAGUUAUUGGGCCUGGAUUCUUCAGGUUUAAAGCAGAAAUAGAUUUUAACGGGGAGAUGGUGGUGCGAAAUUAUCUCGUCAGUACUGGACGUGAUGAGUGGGCUAGAAAGUUCGAUGAGGUUGCUGCACAGAAGGAUCAGGCUAGCCAGCUGAAGUUUUUGUCAGACUAUGGUACGGAAAUAGUUACAGCAUUAGGAAGUGAAGUUGAUAGGUUGGAGCAGGAAAUCCAGAAUCUUGUUCCUGGUAUUAAGCAUGUUGAUAUUGAGGCUCAUAAUCCGACCUAGCUUUAGUUGUGGAUAUCUACAGAUCGAAUAAUGUCAUUUCAUGAGCAAUUUAACACGAAAAAGCUGCGUCGCGUUUGAAGCUGUAAAUUCAUUCUUUACACUUCAAUUGACAGUAUUGGUGAGGCAAGAAGCCGGCUUUAAAAGUUGCCCAUUACAAUGUGAUUUUCGAAUGCUCCAUUUUUUAUGUUUAUUGCAUUCACAAUGCCCCCUUGAAAUGAGACAACAAUUGCGGGGAUAAA